UGUGUCCACAGUGUACAACCAUAGGGUUAGUAGUGUGUCUGUCAGUAUGUCUGUAAUCGUAUCAGAAACUCCACCCCCCUCUGGCGUGCACCAGUGUGUGUAAAAGAGAGGAGCCUCAACACUGCACCGUGACAUUUAGACUACGUAUGCUCUACCUGAACAUACUUGCCUUUUAUGUUAAGCCAUCAGUUUAAGCAAGACACAUGCCUGGUGGGCAAAGAAGAGAGAAAGGGAAGAGGUAGAAGGAAAGGCAGAGAGAAGAAUAGAAUGAAAAUUAAAGAAAAUUAAAGGUUUCUGCUCAGAAAAUACAAAAAAAAACAACAACAACAACAACAACAAAAAAACAGCGGAACGGUAACUCAAUCUGUCUGACAAUGGACCUGCAGUCCUCUCUCCUGGAGCAGAACCUCUCGUGUCCGGUAUGCCGGGACAUCUUCCAGGACCCUGUGUUUCUGCUGUGCUCGCACAGCUUUUGCCGCCUCUGCCUGCAGCUCUCCUGGAAAGAGAAGGACACCCAGGAGUGCCCUGUCUGUAGGGGGAGCAGCUCCAUGAAGCAGCUGCCCUCUAAUCUGGUGCUGAAGACACUCUGCGAGGACUACCUGCAGGAGCGGAGCCAGCAGCUGACCGCGGCGGACGCCGAGGUGCUGUGCCGCCUCCACGGCGAGAGACUGAAACUCUUCUGUCUGGAGGACAAGGAGCUGGUGUGCUUGGUGUGCCGGGACUCAAAGAAACACACAGACCACAAGUUCUGCCCGAUAGAUGAAGCAGCACAGGAUCUCAAGGAAGAACUCAAGACAUGGAUGACGCCACUGAGAAAAAAUCUUACCACUUAUGAAGGAAUUCAGCAAAAGUUGAAUCAAAGAAUCAAACACUUGAAGUGCCAGGCCAGACAUACAGAGCUGCAGAUUAAAGGACAAUUCCAGGUGCUCUACCAGUUCCUCCAUGACGAGGAGAUGGCCCGGAUCACAGCGCUUCGGGAGGAAGAGGAGGAGAAAAGUUAUAUGAUGAUGAAGAACAUGCAGGAGCUAUCAUAUCUCUCUGAAACCAUUCAUGCCAUGGAGAUGGAGAUGAAGUUGGCCGAUGUUCCAUUUCUGCAGAACUACAGUUCCACCAUGCAAAGAGCCCAGAGCACACUUCAGGAUCCUGGAGAAGUUUCAGCGAAGCUGAUUAAUGUGGCAAGUCAUCUGAGCAACCUGAAUUUCAGCGUCUGGGAGAAGAUGCAAGGGAUCAUUGAGUAUGCACCUGUGACACUGGACCCAAACACAGCACACCCGUGCCUUUCGCUGUCCGAUGACUUGACCAGUCUACAACUCUGCACUGAGAUCCGGCAGCUUCCUGACAAUCCUGAGAGGUUUGACGGCUACACCAGCGUCCUGGCCUCCGAGGGCUUCACCUCUGGGACGCACAGCUGGGAGGUAGAGGUUGGAGACUGCCCAACCUGGGCUCUGGGGGUAGUCUCGGAGUCCGAGUGCAAAAACAGGGAACAGCUUUCGAAGUUUGGUCUUUGGUAUAUCGGUUGUGCUAACGGUAAGUACGGCAAAGGUUACUCCACGGAACUCCUCACUCCCCUCACGGUUAAUCAGGAACCUCAGAGGAUCAGAGUCUCUUCUGCCACCUAG